CAGCUCAAUUCUAUUUCUACUGUCUGGCCCAUCGGAGUGGCCCAAUUGUAUAACGAAUUCUGUUUUGCUUCUCCCCCGGAUCAUACGCAUCUAACUUGAAACCCUAGCUCGUUCUCAAUUUCUAUCGAGUUCGGAAUUUCUAUUCACUUGUAUGUAUGUAGUAUCAAGGCAUUUUGAGAGCAAGAUUACGUAAGCGACAUAUAGUCGGAAGUACGUAGGAAGCCAAAUGGCCGGCGGUGGCGGAGGGCGAGGAGGAGGAGGAGGAGGUGGUGGAGGCAGAGAAGAGGAACAAGAUGGAAUGUCCGUUCAUUCUCCGUGCAAGGCUCAACCUUCAUCCGCUUCUUCUCUCCGCAAGGAGCAAUCACAGGUUGACCUGGAGCUUAAAUUGUUAGAGGCUCUCGCCAUUUAUCCUCCUGCCAAAUUACAAGGCAUACACCGUCACUUCAUCCUUUAUGGUCUAGCAGAAUAUCUGGGACGGAGCUUCGGUCGAAACUUUUCUGCCUCCGAUGUUCUACAGUUACUGGAUCGUUUCUACAACUUGGAAAUGCUGGGCUUUUAAGGAACCUAUGACAUGAAUGGCUGUGGACUAGAGACUGUCAGAACAUGUUAUCACAAAUUUAAGAAAGUCUCAUUUCAUGGACUUAUCACUGACUAAAUAUACAAGUGCUUGUGGCGAUUGUCACAGUGACUCGCUUUUUAAGGUAAUGAGCUAAUAAUAUAGAGAUCAGAAAGCAAAAGUAGGAAGGAACUUAUGAGAAGAUUCAUAUGGCUUUUUGAUAAAUGAUAAGACUUGGAUAAUAACUGAUUGGGCGGGUAUGGUCCUAUCAUUUGUAAUGUGUUUGUGAUGGCACAUAUUAUGUGCUUACCAAGAAAGGAAAUGAAAAAAAAAAAAAAACAAUUCCAAGCCUUAAUCCUACAUAGGUGGAGUUGACUCAUGAACUGUAGACCUCAAUGUGUAUAUCCAUGGUCCUAUCAUGUGUUUUGCCCAAGUUUUCUUUGAUCGUGCUCUUCAUCCUCUGUUACAAAUUUCCUCCAGUUCAUCCAUGCAGCUUACCGAAGUUUCUAUUAGUUCUCUUUUCACAUGUUUAGCCCAUCUUAAUUGUGAAUUUUUCAUCUUAUCAUCAAUUGAUGUUACUAUGACUUUAUUAUUUAAAAAUAUAUAUGACAUCAUUUUUUAUUUUAUAUUUUUCUUGUAUAGCUAUGUCGACCAUAACAUUCUAAUCUCAACUCCUAUUAUAUUUUACACAUGUUAGCACUUAAUUGUCUAACAUUCUAAAUUAUUCAACAAAGAUGGUUUUAUAGCCACCUGAUAAAACUUUUCUUUUAACCUUAAAGGAAUUUUAUGAUCAUAUAAAUUGUUAGAUGCACUUUUCUACUUUAACCAUUUUAUCUUGAUACCAUUAGUAAUAUCCUCCGUAAUCUCCCUAUUUUUAACAAUUCAUUCAAGAUAUUGGAAUUGUAAAAAUAGAAGUAUUUUGAAUAUAGAAUAUUCUUUGUAUAUCUUAGAAGCUAUGUAUAUUGUGUGUAUAUUCCUUUCCUUUUUCGUUAUUUUUUUUUUUGUAUUAUUAUUUUCUUCUAUAAAGAGAAAAGGGAAAUCAUCAUAUAAUCUUAAGAAAUAGAGAAAUAUAUUUUUUCUCAACCUUGUUUAGAUGGUAUCAGAGCAAGAAUUAGGGAUUGAAUCACAGCCGUUCACUGUGAAACCUUAAUUUCUUCUAUUCCUCUACUAUGC